GUCCUUGUAGCAGUGAUACGAGGUGUAUAUUCGUGACUAUCUUGAUAUAAAAACAACGUUGCGUCGAGGUUGCAAUCGACGUAUGCUGGAGAAACUAACAACAUUGGGUUAAAACCAUAAAAGUACAAUGAGGCUAAUUCUUCUCAUGUUAGUGGUUGUUCAUGUUUGUUUUUCAUCAGAGAUUUAUAGAGUUCCUGUUUUCAUUCAAAACCACCAGCUGGUAGUUGAUAUAUCACUGAAUCGACAAGAUAAUUCAAUGAUAGUUAGCACAAGUACUUCCAAUUUACCAAGGGAUUUUCUGCCAACGGCAAAUUACCAUGACUUUAAUACGAGUAUGAAGGCGUUCAAAAGCAUUGACAGUGGUGAAUGUUAUAUAAUGCAGACAUCUGAAACAAUUGGCAUGGUUGAUCAGGUACUUGAUAAUAUAAUCAGGCAUAACUUUCAGCAACAUCCAAUAGAACAGUGCUCCAAAGCAGACAAUCACCUUUUAUCAGAUGCCGAAGUUGAAUCGAUUGCUGGCAGGCGUAUCAGAGACUUCUGUUCCGGAUAUAAGAGCUACACAAGUAAACGAGUCAGAAGGGAAGCAUCCUCUCUAACAGAAAAUCAAGAUGACCACAUAGUUAUUGGACAACACAAUUUGUUUUGUUUCCUUUGUUUGAGGUCAUCUAGUUGCUGAUUAAAUGGUUCUUUGUUAUAACCAGAGAUUAUCAACAAUAAAAAUGAAAUAAAGUAAUGUUGAAGUGA